GAGCAUCCCUCAUCUUGCCUUGGCUCAAACUUUCCUCCAAGACCAUCACCCACGAAGACUAUACCAUAGUCUUUGAUCAUGUCGGCAAUUGGCCCUUUUGAGGAACCCGUCCCCGGCUGCAAGCCAGCUCCUGCUCCGGCCUUGACCGCUGAUCAACAGACAAAGUACGACCAACUCCUGGCCGACGUCCAGACAUGGGAGUCGCUACCCACGACGUCUGUCAAGACUACCGAAACCACGCCAAUCACCGACGAUGAGCGCAUGUGGCUCACCCGCGAAUGCCUCCUCCGAUAUCUCCGUGCCACAAAGUGGAAUGUAGCACAGGCUGCCCAGCGUUUGCGCGCUACCUUGGUGUGGCGCCGUGAAUAUGGCACCGACCGCUUCACUGCCGACUACAUAUCGGAAGAGAAUCAGACGGGCAAGCAGGUCUUGCUGGGCUUCGACAACGAGGGAAGGCCAUGUCUCUACUUGCUGCCACAGAACCAGAACACCAAGGAGUCACCCAAGCAGGUGGAGCAUUUGGUAUACAUGCUAGAGCGCACCAUUGACAUCCACCCGCCUGGACAGGAGAGUCUGGCAUUAUUGAUUGACUUCAGGAACGCUGGUGCCAGUGGCACACCCGGUUUGGGUAUUGCCAAGUCGGUCCUGGAUAUCCUGCAAAACCACUACCCUGAGCGUCUGGGCAGGGCAUUACUAACACACCUUCCCUGGUACAUCAAAACCUUCCUCAAGCUCGUGAAUCCCUUUAUCGAUCCCAUCACAAAGUCAAAGAUAAAGUCAAACGAGCCACUCCCCGACCACGUACCCGCUUCUCAGCUUAUGAAGGUUUCUGAUGGCGAAGUCGACUUCAAGUACGACCAUUCCGCAUACUGGCCUGCGCUGGACAAAAUCACCACAGAGAGGAGACGACAGAGGAAAGAGCGGUGGGAGAAGGGUGGCAAGAUUGUUGGAGAGAGCGAGAUCUACCUGUGGGGUGGAGACGAGCCGAGUCUCGGUGCGGGAAAGACAGCAGAAGCAGCAGCCCAUGUGGAUACCGAGGCAAGGGAUUCUGCGGCUCCUCUCCCAGUCAGCAAUGGUACUGAUGCUGCGGCUUCUGCACCCGCCAGCGAGAGCGCCGAUGCUACAAAGCAGGGUGCUGAGCUGGUUGAGGAGGUUGAGAAGCUAGAUAUCAAGGAGGGCGAGCCUGUCAAGGCUACGGCGUAGACGUGUUGCGUUCCUUCGAACCUUUGUGAUUACCUACGUGCAUAUAGACCGUGUUCAUAUCCCAGUCAGUAAUAUUAUAGAUCAUAGACCCCGCAGAGAGCUUCAAGAGGUCCUGGAGGCACCGACAAAGUCGUACAUCUUUACAGUGCGUCUGCACUAGCAAA